AUGACCAGCGUCAGGGAAAAGGACGAACUCGAGGAUUUUGAAGCAUUUCUUGAGCCAGAUUUUAGGGCUCCACAAUUUGCCAAUGAUAUAAUAUUGGCUACCAAUGACCAUGACGAUUCACAAUUGGAUCUAAUGACACCAAUAAAGAAACUCAAAUUUGAUAUCAAUGAAUGUGAAAAGCGGAUGAAGAGUAUAAGUACUGAUAACCAUGAGUCAUUAAUAUCCCAUUUCAGUAAAAUAGAAGAUACCAGAUCAGCAUUCAACGAUUCAAUAAAUCCAUCACUUGAAAGAGUCAAUAACUCGUUUCAAAGGGUGAAAGAUAACGUUAUAAAGCCAUAUGAUGAAGCAGUCAAUAUGAAUAACGCCAUGAGAAAGAUUCAUGCUACUUUGAACUUAGUAAGAGGUUCUGGCUACUUUAUCUUUUUACUUCAGCAAUUGGAAGAUUCCGAAAAAGCAUAUGGCUCAGCUGAUGUUGAUAAUGUAAAUGACAAUAAAGAAGUCAUAAGAUUAGCUAGGUUAAAUAAACAGCUAUCUCAAUUCUAUGCUUCUGAAAAGGAUGUUAAUAAGCAUAAUGCUCUAAACGGUGGGAAUGCUGGUAAUGAUUUAUUUUCAAUUAAGUUUAUAAGAGAUUACCAAUCAAUACAUUUGAAUAAAACAACGAGCUUAGUGAACGAUUUGAAUCAGUUUAUAGUUCAGGACUUCAACCACCACACCUCAUUUUCAGUCUCCAAUAUUAAACUACAAAAUAAUUUGAUUGCAUUGUAUUUACUUAAUGAAAAGGAAGUUUAUCAGAUUGUGGAAAAAUCUUGUAUUAAUAAACACGUCCAGACGUCGCUUACCCAAUUGACUCGAUCAUUGCAAUCCCCCCGUAAUUUCACUACUGUGGUGAAAGAAACUAAAGCUAGCUCAGAUGAGUAUAUAAAAACAUUAGAAGAAAUCUUAAAAUCGUCUAACCUCACAAAUAUCUCAUCAACAGCUCAAUCUCAAGUUGACCAUGCUAACAAUACUGAAGAGUUUCAAAACUUACUUGAUGUCUUGAAUAACCAUUUUGAAGGUAAGUCUAUUUCAAAAGUCUAUUGGGCAAAUCUAUCACAUAAGUUCAAAAAAAAUAUAGUAGCCACAAUGGCCAGAGGAGGUCCUAUAGCAAAAAACUUAAAGGUAUAUCAAUCAGGGAUUAAAAACACUAUCGAAGAGACUUUUGACGGUGAAGAGCGAGAUUUAUUUGUUGAAGCUAUAGAUUUAAUAAAUACAGGUAAAUAA